AAAAAGACCCUAAUAUUAUUUUUCAAAAUUACUUGAUUUAUGUAGCACAGAAUUCUGUUGCCAAAAAUAAAAAUCAAAAAGAAAGAAAAGGAUUAGCUUUUUAGAAUUUAUGGAUGCUAUAUCUAUAUCUUUUUCUUCUCAAUUUUAAGCUUAUCUAUGAAAAAUAGAAACAGAUGAUACUUUCUUGCUGCAUAUAUUCAGUUUGUUUCUACUGAUAUGUUAGAAUGGGAGCUUCUCUACAAUUUGAGUUCUUCAAUUGCAACAUUUUGCUAAAGGGAAUAAACUCAUCCCGGUUAUCGAAAAAGUUAAAUGUAACAUCUGUUAUUAAACAGCAGGGUGAACUUUCUCUUACUAUCUCUGAUGCUGCUAAUCAGAAGAAAGUUCAGAAGCCUGGAAAAGUAGAACAUCACCUAUGGAAGAAAAGAGAAUCUGCUGGAUCUGGUCAAAAAGCGCUGAAUCUUGUUCGGAUUAUCUCUGGACUUCCAAAUGAGAAAGAGUCUGUUUAUGGUGCAUUAGAUAAAUGGAUUGCAUGGGAGACAGAGUUUCCAUUGAUUGCAGCUGCUAAGGCUCUAAGAAUCUUAAGGAAACAGCGGCUGUGGAAACGAGUAAUUCAAGUUGCUAAGUGGAUGUUGAGCAAAGGUCAAGGAGCAACAAUGGCAACCUAUGAUACACUUCUACUGGCAUUUGAUAUGGACAAUAGGGUAGAUGAAGCAGAAACGUUAUGGAAUAUGAUUUUGCAUACAAGCACGCGGUCUGUUUCAAAACGGCUCUUCUCCAGGAUGAUUUCAUUGUAUGAUCAUCAUCAUGUGCCAGACAAGAUAGUUGAGGUGUUUGCAGACAUGGAGGAGUUAGGGGUAAAACCCGAUGAAGAUACAGUGAGAAGAGUUGCAAGAGCCUUCCAGAUGUUAGGCCAAGAAGAUAAGCAAAAACUGGUUCUCAAAAGGUAUCAAAGCAGAUGGAAAUAUAUCCAUUUCAAUGGUGAAAGAGCAAGAGUGAGGAGAGACGUGGAAUGAAUAAACCUAUUCUAUAGGUUAGCUCAGAUGCAUAGUCUUUCUCUGCUGCAUUUGUUUUGUUUCUAUGCGUUGCAUGGGUGGGUGAGACUAGUACGUAGUUGGCUGAUAUUGUACAUGCUGGAAAAUAUUCAUGUCCGAGAAAAUCCAAGUUGCUGUACUCGUGUUGAUAUAUAUCCCUGGUGAGAUUGUGUCUUGAAUACAAAGACUACUUGGCUGAUGAUGCAGCACAUAAUUGGAGGUUAACAAGAUUGAUGAAAUUGUAACCUCAUUCUUUUGUGGAAGCAAGACGAGCAAACCAUACUACACUUUAUAGUGGAUGGGAUUUUCCCUGUUAUACUGAUUUCAUUGGGCUCUUCAGUAGAAAGUUUGGUUAUGGAGGUUGUUUAGUAUGGAGGUUGUUUAGUUUAUGUUUUAACAUAAGUUGUAUCUAAAUUUCAUGUACAGAUACCUUCUGUUCAACUAUUAAUGGUUUCGAAGCAUUCAUGUAAUGAUUAAAUCUUGAAUUUCAGUUUCUUGUU